CACGCAGACCACCCCAGUACCCCACCCCUCUCCGUCCUCCGCCAUCCACACCACUCUCUCUCUCUCUGGUCCGCUGCAAUGGCCAAGCCGAGGUUUCUCGCUCUUCUCCUGGUCAUGGCCCUCCUCGCGCUCUCCUUCUCGCAAGGGGUUGCUGCGGAAGGGCGGAAGGUGCAGGUGAUGCGCGAGGUGCGGCACAACGGGCGCCGGCAGUGGCGCUCGCCCCUCCGCGGCCGCAUGCUGCCGCAGCAGGAGGAGGCGACGGUGUACACUUUGAUGGACUACGGGCCCCCAACGGCCAACACCAAUCCCCACGGCGGCUUGGUCCCGUCGCAGGACCUCACCUCGCCGCCGACCCACUGACCGAUCGAUUCACCGGCUACGUAUCUGCAUACAUGCAUAUACGUAUAUAUAUAUAUGUGUGUGUGUGUACGUACACGCAUACGUAUAUGUUUGUAUGGUCGCUAAUUUGGAGAUUGGAGGACACGAAUGUAGAAGAAGAUGAGGGAUCAGAGUAAGGUGUUUUUCUCCCAUGGCUCGCGUACGGUAUACGUACGUGUACCGUGUAGGCAUAUAAGCGUACGUAUGAGUGAGGGCUGUAGUUACUUGUGUGCUCGAUUGGUCGAGUUCGAAUGGAAGCGUAAGCCAUUCGAUUCCUGAUCACCCUUGUUCAUUUUUUGUUUUGUUUGUGAUGUGUUCAAUUUUGGCCCCUUUGUAAAACCGAUCUAUAGAUGAAUAUUGUUCCCAAAAAAUUCAUCAUCAGCAGCGCCAUUGGUCUCCACUGUAUUGCCUAACUCUGUUUCUGCCCG